ACUCCUUCCCUCAGCUCCCGUCCUCCGUCUCACAGUCCAACACCCACGCAGCCACGCACGUCUCUCUCUGUCUACUCUAGGGUUUGCUUCCUCCUCCCUUGCCUCCCGCCGCAACAGCACUACCGUUCCUUCCUCGCCACGCCCUCCACAGGCGUGUGGCGGGGAUCCGUCCGUGCUCGGAUCGAUUUCUUCCCUAGGUGGUACUGCCAACUUGGAAGAUGGCUGAUGAGGAACAUGCUCCAAGCUCUAGGAAGAGGGUUGCAGGUACCCAAAUCAACAAGGAUAAUCCUGAGCCUGAUGAGGACGGACCAGAGCAAGAGAUGGGGACGUUUAAGAAAGCCAGUGAGGAAGUGAUGGCAACCCGGAGAGUUCUAAAGGUUCGGCGCCAGCAGCCUUCAUCAUCUCCAUCUUCAAAUCCUUUCUCUGCAAUCAGAUUUACCCCCAGUGAUUCUAGUGUUCAAACAAGUGCCCCUGCCCCACCGCCUCAACCUUCAGAUGUCAAAGCUGAUGAGGGCAGCAACGGUAGUGGGAAAGAUGCUGUGUCUGUGUCAGUGUCAGUGUCGGAUAAGAAUGUGGGUUCUGGUGAGGUACCUGAGAUUCAGAGGGAUGAAUUGGCUCAAAAAGAAUCAGCUGCAACUGCAAAAACCGACUUUGAUGGCACAGCUGAAGUGCCGCCUCAACCUGUCAAAACCAGUGACAAGGCAGAAGACACAGAGGAUGGAUCUGGUGAAGACAAAGUAGUUGUUGGAGAACCAAUGGAAGGUAACAGAAUGUCAUCUGAAGUCGAGGGCAAAACAAAAGAGGAGGUUGCUGAAGAAAAGAAAGAGGUAGAUGAAGCGGGCAAUGAAGAUAAAAUUAGCAAGGAUGAUACUGAGAAUAAAGAAGAUGAUAAAUCAGAGACCAAGGAUGAAUUGUCUGAAGAGCAGAAGGAUGUUGAUAACAAAGGGCAGUCAUCAUCAGCAACACCCCUUUUCUCUUUUAAGAAUCUGUCAAGCGGUCAAAAUGCCUUCACAGGUCUGGCUGGAACUGGAUUUUCAAGCUCAUCAUUCUCAUUUGGCUCAGGCUCUAAAGAUGGCUCAAGUGCUGAACCCGUAUUUGGGCUAAAGAGUGAUGGUUCUUCAUUCCCUUCUUUUAACUUUGGUGCUGCCAACAACGGGAGUUCCUCCCCAGCGCUUGCUACUUCAGCAGAAGCACCCAAGAAAUUUGCUAUGCCAGAGGGCCCUGUUGAAACUGGUGAAGAAAAUGAGAGGGCACUAUUUACUGCUGAUUCUGCAUUGUAUGAGUACUUGGAUGGGGGUUGGAAGGAAAGAGGAAAAGGGGAACUGAAGUUGAACGUCCCUGUAUCUGGUGGUGAGAGAGCUCGGCUCGUCAUGAGGGCCAAGGGCAACUACCGACUGGUCCUGAAUGCUAGCCUUUACGACGACAUGUCACUGAAGGACAUGGAUAAGAAGGGUGUGACAUUUGCUUGUGUGAACAGCAUCGGCGAGUCAAACAGUGGCCUCACUACAUUUGCUCUGAAGUUCAAGGACGCUGUCACCAGGGAGGAUUUCAAGGUUGCGGUGGAGACACACAAGGUAAGGAAGGCAACCGAUUCUCUGAAGACACCGGAGAACUCCCCGAAGGCAACUGAUGUAUGAAACCACUCGGUUACGCAUCUUAUGUGUGUCCAGGAAGGAGCUGCGGCAGCUGAGAGAUACAGUUGUUCCUGAGUUUUAAGUAACAUAUCGUGUCCUGCAUGUCCUGAGUCACGAUUGCGUACGGUUUCCUGAUGCUGUUUUUGGAACUGUGGGUAGCCUGUUGAACUUUAAUUAAAGUCAUAAUCUUAAUGUGGGGAGAUGAGACUCUUUUGGUCUA